AUGGCUCAAGGGGCCAUAACAAUGGCUCCAUCAGUCGGCGCGGCAAGCUUGACAAGAAACGAACUGCACGAGAUACAGGAAUAUGAAAAAAUCAUUCGAUUUCGCGAUAUUGUAUACUCGGGGGCACAUCCUCGGAUACAGAUCCCGCCACACUUGGCUGGGAAGUCGUUGGUGAAGCCGUUAUCUCCAAAUACAGUUGUAACGCCAUCAAACCAACCACCGACUCCAUACUCGUCAACAGCGCCAGCUGCGAAAACAUAUACAGGCAGGGAAAAUGGAGGUGAUGGAGAUAAAUUGCUAGAUGGGAGGCGAUUAAUGGCUGGGCGGCCAACAGUUGCCCUGGGAAAGUCGAACAAAUCAGAGAUCAAUCCUAUUUUGCUUGAAAAGUCGGCAGACCUCAUCAAAGCAGAGAUCCAGCUGCACAGGCAGCGACUCGAAAGAAGCUUGAGGGAUCAAGUUGAUCAACGGCGCAUUUCUAUGAAGGCCGCUUCUCAGACUUCCGAAUCUCUCCCUGAUUUCGACCUGUCAGAUGUGCUUUCCAAGGCGUUCACAAUUGUGCACCCUUCAAUGGCUAGUGAGGCCGGGCAGUCCCAAGGCGGUCGCACGUCAGCAAGUGAUUCCUUUGAUGAUAAUACGUUUUAUUCAAGCCAGCAUAAUACUCCAGAGCAUGGAAGAAGUCCUCGCGGGCACAGAGAGUCUGGUGAGGUCUAUCCAAGUGCUGUUGCUCCUCUCAAUGCUCCUGAUAGUGGACCAUUAGUGGUUCGCUAUCAAGAAGAGUCUCCAAAUUUUAUUUCAAAGGAUGCUACCCCGUCUAAUGUCGUUCCUGGAUUGCACGAGCUUGCUCGUAACCAGAGCUCCGCACCACCGAACACUCCACACCCAACAAGCACUCUUGGUGCUGUUGGUGUAAACCAAAGCAAUGAGCUCCUGAAAGCAGCUAUUUCGAACAAGCCAGCAGCUGAUAUUGCCCGACCAGUCGCAGAAAAACAUGACUUUGCUCUAACUCCCCACAGCAAUGUAUCAACGCCUCAAGGAGCGACCCCAUCGCGAAUUGAAGCCGAUGAAAGGAACAGGAUUGCUCAGGGCGGACCUGAUGCUGUACCUUCACAGGUGGCAAGCGCCACUCCCCAGAAACGGCGAUUAUCGCUCGAGGAACCCGAAACAGUGCGAAAUUUCAACCUCUCUCCCGUUGCACCUCAGCCGGCUCGUGUAUCUCCACUCGCCACUGCUCGGGCACCGGUGAUAUCCCAAGAAGCGUUUACGUUACAGGAGGAACCAAUACUCUCCCCGAUGCACGAAGCAGGAGCCAGUUCAGCAACUGGCGGAAUCCCUAAGACCUCUAAGCGGGCCGAACGCAGAAAGGGGAAGGGCAAAAGCGAUGACACAGGUAAUAACCCAGCUUCUGCGAUUGCUACCCCAGCCUCUCCCCACAUAAAACCCGAACCUAAAUCUCCAUCGCCAUUCCAGUCAGCGCCAUUGCCACGUCCGCACAAGAGGCAGAGGCAAACACUACAGCACGGCGCCGGGCUCGACUAUGAUGAGCCGACAGAGGAUACCAUUAUGAUGCAUCCUGUCGUCCCUCGCACCAGAGAUGCAAGACCACGGCCAGUCCAGAGAGGCGGCGAGCGACUUGGCGAAGCAAUGGAAAUCGAUCAACCCCAGCGUCACCGAAUAGCCAGAGACGAAGCGCCCGGCCGCCGAAUUGUCAGCCAAGAAAUAUAUAGAGAUCCGCCAUCUCCUGCAAUGUAUGCGGUGCCUUAUCCACAAUACGAACAGCGGCCCGUGAGAGCUAGUUCACGAAUGGUGGCGGAUACAUAUUAUCAGGAGCCUCCUGCAUACUACAGAGAGCCACCGGCCGCGCCUGGAUCUGUUAUCGAGUUAGAUGCGAAUCACGACAGGUCAUUGUCCCCUAUUCUUAUGGCGCCUCCACCCCGAAUUGCACCCUCUCGCAUUAUCGUCGAUGAGUACGGCCGCCAGUAUUACACAACUGCACCAAACCCGCCUGGACAGUCUGUCGCACCACAGCCAAGGAUUAUCGAUGACAGUUACUACUAUGAUCGUCCUCCGCCCAGAAGGGCAAUUCGCCGUGCGGUCCAACAUGCAUAUGAAGACGAUGGAGUCAUCUACAGGCGCGCAUCCCCGCAAUAUGUGCCGCAGCGCCGUGUUAUUACGCUACCUGAGAACCUGGCAGAACCCCAGUAUCGCCAGAGGGAAUACUCGACAAGGCCAGUCGCUACACGGCCACCAGCUGAAGACUACGCCGCGCCUGGGGAGAGAGAGCCUAUUGAAAUACGCCAAAGAGAAUAUUCUACAAGACCACCUCCAGCCAGGCAGCCCGUUGACGACUACGUCCGGGUCGCGGAAGCACCACGGCGCCAACCAAGUCAUUUCGAGGGGCCACCACCACACGAAUACCUCUCACAACGCGUAGCCAGUGCCCACCCCGAAGCAUUCAGACACGAGAUGCACGGGGAAUACAUACCUCGCGCUCAAAGCAUCCGGCCCCAACCCAGACAACGUGAAUACGCAGGGAGUGUGCGUCCUGAAGGACGGAGGGGGGAAGUUCAAUCGCAGAUUAUUAGGGAGUACAGCGUGAGGCCGGGAGAGCAGGAGGUUGUCAGGCGUGAGCAUAUGCCUCCGAGGACGAUGGAUGAGUACCAGCAACCGCCGCCGGGGAGACCGAUGGCGCGGAGGGUGGUGGAGGAGCAGGAGUAUAUACCGUGGCGGCCGGGACAGCAGGAGGUGUAUGGUGGUGAGGAUACCCAGCGGGAAGUGAUCUACAAGUAA